CCUAUAUAGCUUCUUUUUAGCUGAAUUUAUUUGAUUAUUCCAUCUUUGGAUUCUGAUUUCGUGGGGUUUUUGUUUUUUCAAAUUUCGUUUCGAGCUUUUCAUAGUUGCAGGUCUUUAGGGUUUUAAUCAUAGAUUCAAAAAUAUUGCUGUUCUGUGGCGUUUGAUGUUUGGAAACCAAGCUAGUUAAGCAACUUUGUUUUGGGUUUUUAGUCUGAAUUAGUUUUGCUGAAUCAGAGAUUUCGACUAUUUUUGCAGGUUUGAAAAGAACCUCCUGCAUUGUCUAUGAGCAGAUAGUUUGUUAAGCAAAAAAAAUGGGCUGGUUUAACAAGAUCUUCAAAGGCUCUAACCAAAGGUUCCGGGUUGGGAAUGACCACUAUUAUGGGAAUUAUCCUAAUGAUGGGCCUAGUGCUGAUACAGAUGCUGAUCAUGAUGAAUCUCAUACACAAGAACCAUCUACCUCUGAGGAUACAUCUAAUGACCAGGAAAAUGAAGAAAUAGACCGUGCAAUUGCAUUGUCUCUUUUACAAGAGAAUCAAGAACAGACAAGUAGUGUAAGCGGGAAAUACCCGACGGUGGAUGAAGAUGAGCAACUUGCUAGAGCCUUACAAGAAAGUAUGGCAGUUGGGAAUUCACCGCAUUACAAAAAUGGAAGUGCAUAUGAUAAUGGGAAUGCAUAUGGGACUGGAGAUUUAUAUGGGAAUGGGCAUAUCUAUGGAGGAGGAGGAAAUGUAUAUGCAAAUGGAGAUAUUUAUUAUCCAAGACCUAUUACUUUUCAAACGGAUUUCAGGAUUUGUGCUGGCUGCAAUAUGGAGAUUGGUCAUGGAAGAUUUCUAAAUUGCCUUAAUUCACUAUGGCAUCCAGAAUGUUUUAGAUGUUACGGCUGCAGUCAGCCAAUUUCUGAGUACGAGUUUUCUACAUCAGGGAACUACCCUUUUCACAAGGCUUGUUACAGGGAGAGAUAUCAUCCAAAAUGUGAUGUCUGCAGCCACUUUAUUCCAACAAAUCCUGCUGGUCUUAUUGAAUAUAGGGCACAUCCUUUUUGGGUUCAGAAGUAUUGCCCUUCUCACGAACAUGAUGCUACCCCAAGAUGUUGCAGUUGUGAAAGAAUGGAGCCACGGAAUACGAGAUAUGUUGAACUUAACGAUGGACGGAAACUUUGCCUCGAGUGUUUGGACUCAGCGGUCAUGGACACCAUUCAAUGCCAACCUCUUUACUUGCAAAUACAAGAAUUCUAUGAAGGACUUAACAUGAAGGUAGAGCAAGAAGUUCCACUCCUCUUGGUUGAGAGGCAAGCACUCAACGAAGCAAGAGAAGGUGAAAAGAAUGGUCACUAUCACAUGCCAGAAACAAGAGGACUCUGCCUGUCAGAAGAACAAACUGUUAGUACUGUAAGAAAGCGAUCAAAGCAUGGCACAGGAAAUUGGGCUGGGAAUAUGGUUACAGAGCCUUACAAGUUAACACGGCAAUGCGAAGUUACUGCCAUUCUCAUCUUAUUCGGGCUCCCUAGGUUACUCACUGGUUCGAUUUUAGCCCACGAGAUGAUGCACGCAUGGAUGCGCCUCAAAGGAUUCGGAACGCUGAGCCAAGAUGUUGAAGAAGGUAUAUGUCAAGUGAUGGCUCAUAAGUGGUUAGAAGCUGAGUUAGCUGCUGGUUUAAGUAACAGCAAUGUUGCAUCAUCAUCAUCAUCAUCUUCUUCUCAAGGAUUGAAGAAGGGACCAAGGUCUCAGUACGAAAGGAAGCUUGGUGAGUUUUUCAAGCACCAGAUAGAAUCUGAUGCUUCUCCGGUUUAUGGAGACGGGUUCAGGGCUGGACGGUUAGCGGUUCACAAGUACGGUUUACGAAAAACACUUGAGCAUAUACAGAUGACCGGUAGAUUCCCGGUUUAAAAACCCAAAAUUGACAAGUCUUUUGCUUUUGAUUGGGUUUUUUAUUUAUUUAUAGGAUCCUCUCAGUAGAUUUAUAUAUGCUUUUAUAUUCUUUUUGGUGGAAAGAUGAACUCUCAACCAUAUUCUUUUCUGUCAUCUCAUUCCAUGAUUCUUUUGUA